GACGUUUCACGGUAUUUGUUUUGAUUCGAAGCGAGAAAGUUAUGAAACUUUCGAAUCUUUAGCAUUCUUCUUAAAAAAAAGUAAAUUUCCAAAAUGUGGUUUAUUAAAAUACUUAAAGUUCGUCCAGCCUUCUCCCUGCUGGCGGUGAAGCCACGAUUCCUGACCAGCCAGGCCAACAUCAGUGAAAAAUCGAUCGACCUGUACCAGCAGCAGUACGAACGGGACGCGUGGACCAACCUGACGCCGAAGAUCGUUUCCCAUCUGGACCGGAAUCUGCACCUGCGGCAUAACCAUCCGCUGUGUACGAUUCGCAAAAAGAUUGUCAAGUACUUUUACGGUGCCUACCUGAGUCCGCGCGGCAAUCCACUCUUUAGUGUGUACGAUAAUCUGCCUCCGGUGGUCACGACGGAACAGAACUUUGAUAACCUGCUGAUUCCCAAAGACCAUCCGAGCAGGGCGAAGAGCGAUUGCUACUAUAUCAAUAAGGACCAUCUGCUGAGGGCGCACACCACGGCUCAUCAGGUUGAGUUGAUACAAGCUGGGCUGGACAACUUCCUCGUGGUUGGAGACGUCUACCGGAGGGAUGAAAUCGACGGCACUCACUAUCCGGUGUUUCACCAGAUGGACGGAGUGCGGAUUAUCCAUCAGGAUAAGCUGUUCGAGCGAACGCCCGAGCUAAAGGUGUUUGAGACUUCGUACAAAACCCACCUCAGCCAGGAUACGAGCGCAAUCUCGGCCUGCAUAGAUCAGCAGAAGCAGCCCUGUCACACGCUGGAGGCGGUCAAGUUGUGCGAGCACGAAAUGAAGCGAACGCUGGUGGGAAUGGUGAAGGAACUGUUUGGCGACAAGAUCCAGUACCGGUGGGUCGAGACGUACUUCCCCUUUACGCAACCUUCGUGGGAGCUGGAAAUCUACUUCAACAACAACUGGCUUGAGAUUCUUGGCUGUGGCAUUACGCGGAACGAGAUUCUUGAGCGGUCCGGAGUGGACAAUUCGAUUGCGUACGCUUUUGGCGUGGGGUUGGAGCGAUUGGCGAUGGUUCUGUUCGACAUCCCGGACAUUAGGCUGUUCUGGAGCACGGACAGUGGCUUUUUGAACCAGUUUAAGGACGACAAGAUUGUCAAGUAUAAACCGAUUUCGGUUUACCCGCAGUGCGUGAACGACUUGUCCUUCUGGCUGCCGGAGGAUCUGUCCAUCGAGACGUUUUCCGUGAACGACUUUUACGACAUGGUGCGCAACGUGGGAGGGGAGGUUGUGGAGCAGGUAACGCUGAUCGACAAGUUUAAGCAUCCAAAAAGUGGUAAGUCUAGUCUCUGCUUCCGAAUUGUGUACCGCCACAUGGAGCGGACACUCACACAGGCCGAAGUAAACGUUAUCCAUGCCAAGAUCGGUGCUGAAAUGGUCAAAGACUUUAACGUCGUAAUAAGAUAGAGAGGUUAUUGGAUAGCGUUGUUAUAAUACACUGGUUAAUUGUA